AUGGAGGUUCGUAUUUUACGACGAGAAUACUUCAACCGCUGGUACGGUCUGAAAGCGUAUUACGCGGCGCUAACAUUUUCAUCCCUUCCUGUUAUGUUAUUCUUCGGUAUACUGUUCCUAGGCAUUACAUAUUUGAUGUCAGGACAGAUACUUGAAUGGGACCGAUUCAUAUUGUUUGUAAUUUACGGAAUUCUGACCGGCAUAUGCUCCGAGGGGCUCGGACUAGCAGUGGGAUCCGCAUUUGAUGCUACCAAUGGCUCUAUAAUUGCGCCAGCUACAGCGGCACCACUUUUGGUAUUGUGUUGCUACGGUAUGGGUUUCGGACCAUCCAUAGAGGCCAGAAUGAAAGCCUUAAUGUCUCUAUCUUACCUACGUUACGGAUUAGCUGGAUUGUCUAUUGCUCUCUACCAAAAGAGACCACUUAUGGAAUGCAGCCAGGAUUUCUGCCUAUACUCUGACCCUACACUGUUGCUAAGAGAUGUAGGAAUGGCCACUGACACUUAUUACAUGCAAAUCGUUGGUUUACUUGUAUUCAUUUUUAUUCACAGGCUGAUCGCGUAUUUUGUGUUACGUUAUCGUCUAACUUCAGAGUUCUCAAACAAAUUUAUGUCAUACAUCAGCAAAUUUUUAAAAUACAGAUAA